AUGACAUACUAUGCGCGCCUGUACAUGAUACCGUCGGGCAACGCGGCAACCGAAAAGUCCAAGCUGCAGGAGAUCGUGAUGGACAUGCGGCCCUCAGAUGCCGUGAGCGUGGCCAUCCGGGUGGGCGCGCCGCUUUACGUGGACAAGGACGUGGCCAAGCAGAUGGGGCGCCCCGCUUCCGGCCCCGAGCCCCUGCCCAGCAACGAGUCCCACGCCCAGAUUGUGAGGAGCUGCCGCGAGGAGGCCGCCAAGUUCGUGGACCCCACCACCCUGUACAGCCUGCAGCUGGCGCUGGCGGUUGCCGAGGAGCGCUUUGCUGACGCCGCCAAGCUGCAGGGCGUCAUCGCGGAGGGCUAUGCGCAGCACCCCGGGGCGCGCGCCCUGGUGGCCAUGCAGGCAGCGCUGCAGGACGGGCGGUUCGAGGAGGCUGCCAGGCACCGCGAUGAGCUGCGCCGGGUGCGGCUGAUCGAGUUCCAGGCCUCGGCCGUGGGGUUGGACCCCUGGGAGCAGCGCAACCAGCGCCGCACCGAGACCGACGCGCUGUGA